UUUGUGUCUUUCUAGGAUUAGUCCGACCGCGUUCUUAGACGCCAGCAGUGCAGCUAUUCGUCUCGCAUUUCAACUUGGCUAUUUGACUCUCUACUAAUGCGCAUGCGUCUGGCGAUCGACAAUGGCUUUGCUAGCAGAUUUGCUUGGCCAUCUAAACGAAACGACUGGUACGGAGAACGGCUUUCUUGGCCCCUCUAACUUCUCGAUGUCUCAGCCGAUCGCGAUCCCUUCACAGUGUUGCUGGACCGAGAACGCAGCAAAGACUUCUUCCUACGGGGCACCAUACCAUUCUCUUUACCCUUCAGCUUGGGAAGGAGACACCACGGACUUAGGAAGUUGUCAGUUCUCCAGUGACGCCCAGAACUACUCCCAGUUUCAGUUCUAUGAUUGCAGCGCACAUGCGUGGGGUGAUCAGGAAGACGUGGCCAAACCCACCUACCAACACCAGGGCUCUCAAAACCGGUUCAGUUCAAGUCUCGGUGGCAGUGAGGAUUCGUAUUCUAGUCAGUCGCUCAAUGCACAGACCGUGUACGGUAGCUACGACGAAGAAUAUCUGGAUGACGUCCUUCGUAUACUACAAGAGUCCCAGCUCCUACAAUUACAAAAAGUACAAACCACGCCACCGGAUGAUAUUGUAAACAAAGAAGCUUUACUGACAGACCUGGACAUGGCUAUGCUAACCGACGCCAUCUUUUCGUCCGACGUCGAAGCCUCCACAUUUCAUUCUGCGUAUGAACAAAGUGCGAGUAACGACGUCUUUUAUGGCAGCUCGUACUUGUUUAACAGCCACAAUUGCACACCUGAACUGACAGUCAAAGUGCCUACUAUUAGAGUCAUUAGUCAACCGCCAAAAUCCCACAGACCUCGCUACGAAAAGGAAGCAGAAAUCGGAUCAAAAGGUUUCCUGAGAACUGAAAGCAAAGAACCGAUUUCCAUUCAGCUGGACAAUGUGGCCAAAGGAACUGGAGAUCUCACUGUUACAAUCAGUGCAGUGACUCUUACAGGGGUCAAACACCCUUACAUCGCUCCAUCCUGCUUUGGCCGUGGUAUGCCUUCCAGCUGGAAAAGAGAUGCAACGAACCGAACUGUUUCAACAGUGUUGCGCGAGAACGAAGGUUACAGGAAGAGUCUGUCGUUCUUGGGAAUAAAACGAAACAAGUUAGAAAACAUUGACUUGAGAUCACACAAGAAAGAGAUGCUUGCCCAGUUUUGCCUCAAGUUUGAGAUGGCAGUUCGUUUUGGGUCUGGAUAUAUCACUCGGGCAACUGCAACGACGGAGCCUGUUCGCAUUCUGUGUCCAAGCACGGCUACGAAACUUCGUAAAACGAGCUUAUAAAACGGACGGAAUUCCUAAAGUUGCUGCUGAUGAACAAAACUAGUAAAUUGCAAUUAUACUAACUAUAUACUCUUUGAUUUCAUUUUUAACUUGUUUGCAAUUUAACCCUUUGACAUAUUUUGCAUUUUGAUUCGAUGUUUUGAGUGCUUUGAUUAUUGACAUGACGUAAGUCUGUAACUCUCUCUAUGGCGUUUUGAUGACUCACUCAUCAGCAGUUGAGUCAUGAUUCCUAGAUGACUCUGUAAUAACUAUACAUGAAGAAUAACACAA